AUGUCACGAAUCUCUUUGGCCGUUUUUUCAUUGGCUUGCAUUUUCUUUAUAACAACCCCAGUAUCGGCCAACGCAUGCGUCCAGCUUCCAGCAGUCUACCCUUUAGUCAAUAUCCUUCUCCCACUCCUGAACAAUGUCUAUAAUCUUCUCCUGUCUCUUCUCUCUAUUUUUGAUACUCUUCCUUCCAACAUCUCUUGUAUGAUUCCUGUGGAUCUUGGAGCUUUGGAAACCUCAUUGCUGAAACUCUACUCUCAGGCUCUUGCUAUUGUCAAUUUCUUGAGAUCGCUGCCAGAAUAUGCUGUCGGAGCCAACCCUAAUACCCCAUCAACCAGCAUAACGAACAUGCAAGGUCUUUUAACCACCCUCAUAACAUUCAUCACGGAAAUAUCUGAAGAAGUACUGUUGGGUAUCGGUGGACCACUCCUGCCAGGCCUGUUACAGCUAGUCGUAAUGGUCGUUAAGGCUUUAUUGGCCUUAUUAAUAUAG